CUGUAUCCCAGCCAUCCUUAAGGGGCGGGAUGUCAUCGGACUAGCGCAGACCGGCAGCGGGAAAACCGCAGCCUUCGCGCUACCCAUAUUGCAAUCCUUAGCAAAGGAUCCGUACGGGGUCUUUGCUGUGGUCCUCACGCCCACAAGGGAGCUAGCGGUGCAGAUAUCGGAGCAGUUCCGGGCGCUGGGGGCGGGCAUGCGGCUCAAGGAGCUGGUUGUUAUCGGCGGUGUGGACAUGCAGCAGCAGGCGCGGGAGCUAGCCCGGCGGCCGCAUGUGGUGGUGGCCACACCCGGCAGGCUGAGGGGCCUGCUGGACGCUGACAGCGGUCUGGCUGCGGGCCUAGCUCGCGCGCGCUUCCUGGUGCUGGACGAGGCGGACCGGGUGCUGGACACCACCUUCGAGGACGACCUGAGGCGCAUCCUGAGCUGCCUGCCCCAGCAGCGGCAGACGCUGCUGUUCUCCGCCACCAUGACCAAGUCGCUCAUAGCGCUGCAGAAGGCAUCGCUGGCGGAUGCGCACAUAUUCAAGGCCUACGAGGGGCUGCGCACCGCCGACAAGCUGCGUGAGGAGUACCUGUUCCUGCCCUCCAAGGUGAAGGAGGUCUACCUGCACCACCUGCUCACCGUGCUGCUGCCCGCCCGCAAGGUGCGCUCCGCCAUCAUAUUCGCCAGCACCUGCCGCGGCUGCCACCUGCUGUCGCUGCUGCUGGAGGAGCUGGGGCUGCCGGCGGCGGCGCUGCACUCGGGCAAGAGCCAGAAGGCGCGCCUGGCUGCGUUGGCGCGGUUCAAGAGCGAGCAGGUGCCGCUGCUGCUGGCCACUGACGUGGCCUCUCGCGGUCUGGACAUCCCCACGGUGGACCUGGUGGUCAACUACGACCUGCCGGUGAUGGCUCGGGACUACGUGCACAGGGUGGGUCGUACGGCUCGUGCGGGCCGCAGCGGUUGGUCGUUGAGCUUCGUCACGCAGUACGACGUGCAGUUGGUGCACGCCAUCGAGGAGCUGAUCGGUCACAAGAUGGAGGAGCACCGACUGGAGGAACAGGAGGUGCUCAAGGGGAUUACCAAGGUCUACAGCGCCAAGCGUGCGGCCAUGCUACGGGUGGCGGAGGAGGAGGGGCUUGACACGGGCAAGAGCAAGCGCGUCAAGAAGGCGUCCAAGCAGUUCGCCAAGGCGCCCGCGGGGGCUUCCAGCUGAGGAAAGGCCUGGGGGGGGGCCCCGCCCCCGGCGAGGCUUCAGUGGAGCCACACGGAGGCCCCCCUGAGGAUGAGCCCCGUGUGUAUUGUGUGUAAAAGGCACAUGCAUGCAUGCCUUGCUGUACAUGGGGCACUGGCUCGUACAUCGACCUAGUGUGGUCAGGUAGCUGUCUGGCUAUGUAGCUGGGGUGUGCAAGCUUCUCAGCCUAACAUGAUGGCGACUCGCAAGCAGUGGCGGUGGUGGACAGUUGGUCGGUGGACGCGUUGGCCGAGUGCUCGGCAGCAGCACCUUUUUCAGGGGCCGUGGAAAGA